GUGUGUGAGUACUGCACGGUGGAGUCGGUAGAGUAAUAGGCGGAGUCGGAGUAAGAUGUGAACUCUGCCCGUGUCAAACAGUGGAACUCUCCUGGAUCUCGCCAUUUUUGCGUAUUGUAUCCUAUUACGGAGUUGUUUUGGAAGGAGGCCUGCUUAAAACCUACCUUUGGACACUUAAUCGAAGGCCUUCGCACGACAAAAAUGGGAAACUGCCACACAGUUGGACCAAACGAGGCCUUAGUUGUCUCAGGUGGCUGCUGUGGGUCUGACCAGAAGACCUACACAGUGGGAGGAUGGGCCUGGGCGUGGUGGCUCCUCACAGACAUACAGAAACUUUCUCUGGAAGUAAUGACCAUCCUCUGUCGCUGUGAGAAUAUCGAAACCUCGGAGGGCGUGCCCCUGGAUGUGACUGGGGUGGCUCAGGUCAAGGUAAUGACAGACCCUGAACUGCUGUCCCUUGCCUGUGAGCAGUUCCUUGGCAAGUCAGUGCAGGAAAUUAAAGCGGUCAUUCUGCAGACGCUGGAGGGUCAUCUCCGCUCCAUCCUGGGCACGCUGACAGUGGAGCAGAUUUACCAGGACCGAGACCAGUUCGCCAGCCUGGUGAGGGAGGUAGCGGCUCCAGACGUGGGCCGCAUGGGCAUCGAGAUCCUCAGCUUUACUAUUAAGGAUGUCUAUGAUAAGGUGGACUACCUGAGCUCCUUGGGAAAGACCCAGACAGCAGCCGUACAGAGAGACGCAGACAUCGGCGUGGCAGAGGCAGAGCGAGACGCAGGAAUUAGGGAAGCGGAAUGCAAGAAGGAAAUGAUGGAUGUUAAGUUCUUGGCAGACACCAAGAUGGCUGACUCAAAGCGGGAACUGGAGAUGCAGAAAGCUGCCUUCAACCAGGAAGUUAAUACAAAAAAAGCCGAGGCUCAGCUAGCGUACGAGCUGCAGGCGGCUAAGGAGCAGCAGAAGAUCCGCUUGGAGGAGAUUGAGAUCGAGGUGGUUCAGAGGAAGAAGCAGAUCACCAUCGAGGAGAAGGAGAUCGUCCGCACAGACAAGGAGCUGAUCUCCACGGUGAAGAGGCCCGCUGAGGCUGAGGCCUACAGAAUACAGCAGGUGGCAGAAGGAGAAAAGGUGAAGAAGGUGCUGACGGCGCAGGCUGAAGCAGAGAAGAUCCGACGCGUAGGCGAGGCAGAGGCAGCCUCCAUCGAGGCGGUGGGCAAGGCAGAGGCGGAGAAGAUGAGGCUGAAGGCCGAGGCCUACCAGCAGUACGGAGAGGCAGCGAAGACCGCUUUGGUCCUGGAGGCCCUGCCCAAGAUUGCUGGGAAGGUUGCAGCACCCUUGGGCAGGACCAAUGAGAUCGUCAUUCUGAGUGGUGAUGGCAGCCGUGUGACCGGAGAAGUGAAUCGCCUCCUGGCUGAACUGCCAGUCACUGUUAAUGCCCUCACAGGAGUGGAUCUAUCGAAGAUACCUUUGCUGCAGAAAAUGGCUGGUGCUCAAGCAUGAAGACUCCCUGGACUUUUUGGCCUUCUCAUCACAUCAGUUCAACGCAAUUGUAAAUGCCUUCAUAAAGAAAUACUUGAAAACAGAAAUCUGCUUCUCUACUGAAGAGAGGUUUUAUGUUACCAGACCUCUGGUGCCUUAUAACUAUAGGACCAGACUACCUGCAUGUGCCCAUUUUGUUUCGCUUUUAUAUUUUACUUUACGUGGUUUAUCCACAUGGUGUUUCUUGAUCCUUUUCCCCCUAAUUUUUCCUACUUUCUUUUGUUUGUUUUUAUUCAUUGUUUCCAAAUAUUCAUGCAUUUUCAACUGAGAACCAAGCAAGUUUGGAGCAUCGUUGUCUGCACUCACAUUCUCAUAUCGCCAAACAACACCCCAUCUUGGUUUGGUUUUCCCCUCUUCUGGGUCUUCACUUUUACAUUAGCCAGCCUGUGUCUGGGGCAGGUGGGGCAUAUUUCUCACUACACUAGGCAACACAGGCUUGUGAAAAGGCGGAAAUCAACGUGAUGCACUCACAGUUUACAUUUGGAAGUAAAACAGGGUUCAGAUCCACUGUGACACUGACAUCCAUUCUGCAAAUUUCUAUAUUACUUUCAUAUUGGGUUAAAUUAAAAGUGGUUCAUUUGUAGUUAAUUAGCUGUUAGCUAUCUUGGUCCGGAAUUGUGUGGUGUGUGAUCUGUGCAUAAGGUAUUGCAUUAAAUAGUGCAAUCUACAUAGACUACUAACAACAAAUAUGCAAGGCAAGUUCAAAAUGGCAGCAGGAUUACAGAUAUAUGCAUGGAAGAUUUAUAAAGGUAACACUGUAACAUGUAUAAUGGUCUUUCCUAUUGAGUGGUCUUAUAUAGUUUGUCUUUGUAAAUAAAUGUACACAUUGAGGAUUUUUUUUAAAAGAUCUAGCUUUGUGUUUUUAUCUGUUACUGGAUGUCCAAUGCCUGUCUGCAGAACCUCUGACAUCCUAAACAUUAGAACUAAACAUUGUCUAAUAUGAAGGUGUUUUCUCCAGUGACGGAUUUCCCCAUUGCUAUAUGGUUUUUAUAUGUAACUUCUCAUAUUUUAGCUUAUACUUUUUUAAACAACAUAUUAAUGUUACUAAACGCAUGUAUUAGCCACUAGGAAUAAAAGCUAUUUGCCAGACAGCCAAAGGACUUCAAACUACAAUCUACUGUCUCAAGCAAUCUGGAUUUUCUUAGUGAUGUUGGAGUAUUGCCAGCACUGAAGACAGGAAGAGCACGAUGUUGGGGUAGUUCCGAUAUUUUGCUGUAGUGACCCCCAGAGGUUCAGCCAUAGUGUAUAGACCACAGCCAGACCUCAACCUGGUGCCACUGUUUAGCUCAGGUUUUGGCAUCUCAUCAGGUUAGAGUCUUGAGGAAAGGUGAGGGAAAAGGUUUAUGAAAUAUGUCAUAUAUCAGAAAGAACAUAGUUUGGAAGUAAGCUAGUUUUAUUCAGUGCUGGAUAUUAAUAAUGAAUAUGCUCUGUUUUGCAUAUCUGUUGGAGGAAAGAGAAAUGUUAUUCUUAUAGUUAUUCAUGUUUGGCCUUUUUUUAAUGUUGCGAACCAAUUGUGCAACUGUCGGAAUGUGAAAUGCAUAUAAAGACAACUCCACGGGGUAACUGUAGUGUCUUGUAGUCAAAACAUAUCAGUAGUAAAAGAAAAAACGUGUGUGUGUGGGGGGGGGGGGGGGGGUUGUGAGUUUUUUUGUUUUGUUUUGGAAGGGGUGUUUGAACGGGGCCCUGUUCCUCAUGCGGCCCUGCGGCGCUCUACUCAGCCUGCGAGUUUUGCUCUUUCUCCAUAUCAAAUGCCCCUAAACCCCCGCCCCCAAUCAUCACCGCAUUGGGAAUGGAGGCUGACGGCAGGGACUCGCAUUCUUUUGCAUUCUUCAAUGUGUCAGGACAAAGUUUUUAAAAAUUAGUAAAUUCUUUAAAAAAAAAAAAAAAAAAAAAAAAAGUAAGUAGAAAAAAUGACCCAAUCCCAUUUUCCUUGUAUUGGAAAUAGUUGCCAUUUUAGAUGCAUUUCCAUAAUUUAUAAAUCUGAGUACAUUUUGACAAAUUAUGCUGUGUACUUGGAUCUUUGCUGAAUAAUUGACAGUGAGUACAAAUAGAUGAAAUUGAUUGUAACUCGUUAGCUGUCGUUUUGCCUCUCGUUAUUAGAUGCUGCAAAAAUACCGACAGAAACUGUGCAACCUUUUGUGGAGUCAACUUGUUAAUACCUUAACCCUAUAUACACAUGCUGUUGACCAGAUUAUCUGUUACCGUGUGUUUCUUUACAUAGUUGUCCAGGUCUUGGAAUUGUUUUUCUACUUUGCAAAGGGUGCAGUAUAUUACCAAACGUGAAACAUUGUUACAGUAUACCUGCAUACUGCAUAGAUACGUAUGUAUAUUGUCAACAUGUAUGACAACUAGUGUAGGAACUUUUGUCUGAUCACUCAAUAAAACAUGCCUGUUGGAAA